AUGGCCGAAGCGCAGCACGCGCCAGUGCAAGAAGCAAGCCAGCCUCGACAGAUCCCAACACGAACAACAGCUCUACAAAUACCUCCUCCCACUUCUACCGUCGCACCGCCGAUCUCUACCUCCGCCAGCCGAGUGCGCAACUCUUUCCUUGGGCACGAUGCCUUUUCGCCAGUCAACGAAAAUGGCAGCUUUGAGUUCGACCGUGUGAUUAAGAGCGGAUACGUCCAGAAGCGGACUCGAAAAACCAAGACGUGGAAACCGAUAUUUCUUGUCCUACGCCCCAACUCCCUCUCCAUAUACAAAGACCAGAACGAAGCCAAAUUAAGGCAUAAGAUCCACCUCUCCGACCUCACCGCCGUUGCCUUGUUGAAGGACCGCAAGCAAAAGCGACAAAAUGUGUUUGGCCUCUUUUCGCCGUCUCGAAACUACCACUUGGAAGCAGUUACGAGAAGCGAUCUCGACGAGUGGGUUUCACUCAUUCGACAGGAAGCGCGGAUUGAGGAGGAGGAGGAGGAGCUGCUACUCGCAAGCCCGGGAGGCAAUAUUACUGGUUCAUAUAACGGGUUUGGGCGAGUUAUGAACGCUAAUAACGAGCAAAGACGACUCCAUGAUGAACGGCUUGGGUCAAGCUCCCCGGAGCCCACCGAUCCUGUGGCCAAGGUGUCGAGGAAUAACAUCUCUCGUCUCGCCCCGAAUCGAAGGAUGUCUCAUACUAUUGAAUAUUCUGGAAACGAAGUCGCGUCGCAUUCAGAUAUGUCUGAUGCUGAGGUGGUUCGAGCUCCAGGAGCCUCAGCUCUCUCAAUACCAGAAGAAACCCUGGCUGUCAAAACUCCAGGCUCCCAAACUAUGCUCGGCCCUCGAAAUGCGAGUCAAAUGAGUGGCUUCAACAUGGAAAUGGAUCCCGAGCGCAUAGUGUGGCAAGGCUACAUACUCUACCUGAAGAGUAAAGGUGGAGUCCGUCAAUGGAAAGACGUCUGGGCCGUCAUCCGACCACGCAACAUUGCCUUGUACAAAGACGAUUCUGAAUAUUCGCCUGUCCUCCUAAUACCAUUCUCCGCCGUUAUCAACGUGGUAGAGAUCGACCCUUUGAGCAAGACAAAGCGGCACUGUUUGCAGGUGAUCACGGAAGAAAAGAGUUACAAGUUCUGUGCACUUAGCGAGGAUGCACUGGACAAAUUGUUAGGGGCAGUGAAGAGUCUAUUAGCGAAGAGGAAGGAGUUUGAGAUUCUAAGGGCUAACCAAGGCCGGUGA